AUGGUUGUGGUCUGUUUAAAGGAUUCUAUUCACAUUCACAAUAUUGUCAACAUGAAGAAUUUCCAACUCCGUCAAUCCCUCGAUAUUCCAUCAAAUCCCCAAGGAAUUGUGGAUCUUUCAAUUGAUGACAACAAUUGCUUCUUAGCCUUUCCUGCUUCUUCAAGCACUGGACAUGUACACAUUUUUGAUGCCAAGAAUUUAAUUACUGUUUGUCAAAUACGUGCUCAUGAUAGUGUUUUGGCUGCUGUUAAAUUUAACAAUGAUGGAACCAAACUUGCCACUGAAUCGGAGAAGGGAACUGUGAUUCGUGUUUUCUCAAUUCCUGGUGGAGAACGUCUAUUUGAAUUUGUCUGUGGAGUCAGUCGCUGUGUUCAAAUAAGCUCUCUUGCCUUCUCCCAAGAUUCUCGAUUUUUGUGUCAAUCAUCAAACACUGAAACUGUUCAUGUGUUUUCCUUGGCUAGACGUGAUCAUCAAUUGGAGAGGGGAAAAAUUUUUGCGAUAGCUAAAUUGCCUAUAUAUGGACAUAAAACAGCUGUGGCUAUGCCUAAAAUUCAGGUUUUUUUUAAUUUUACAUAA